AUGGGACCUUUCGCUGUUAAUCUGAUGAGUAAUGGCAACAAUUACAUGUCAGGCGAACCGCGUCGUAAGAGGGAGCUGCCGGCGCGACCCAAUCACAUUCUACUCUACACUAUCAUAAACCCAGCGUAUCCCAUCACUGUGAUAAGCUACGUUUUGAACGAUACUUUGCUGUUAUCCAAGCGGACAUCCGCCCUGGGUUAUCUGGAGCUCUUCAAAAUGGAACCCAAGAUGGGACUAAAGUUGUUUGCUCGUUGUUACCAACUACGUGUGUCUAGAGGCUAA